UCUCCCCUAUCCUGGGUGGAGAAGAGGAGGGGGCAGGACAUAGUUGUGGUUUGCAGCACUCCCCUCUGCACACCUCCCCGUCGCGGGCUGUCCCCUCCCCCGCUCCUCCGACAGGAGAGGUCUUGGGCCGGCCUUCCGAGAGAGAACGGAGAGGGGAACAUUCAUUGUGAGUUGCUCUGCGGAGGCAUCCUUCUAACCCCCUACCUGGGUUGGCGCACGUACCCCACAACCACCGAAUCCUAGGGACCCGUGCAUCUCACGUUGUGAAAUGAAAGAGCCUUUUAACAAAGCCGUUAAUACUUAACGUUUAUAUAGUCCAUACUAGUGCUAGCUGCCAGGCCAGGGACUUUGCAUACGUUCCCAUUUAAUCCACACAUCAAUCUUAUGAGAAACAUGAUAAUUUUACACAUGAGGAUCUGUAAUUCUAGUCUAGAUAAGUAACUUGCUCUAAAUUAUACGGUAGAGCCCGGAUUCAAACCCAUGCCUCUGCUUUAGUGUUAUUUUUGACGGCCUCCUAUGAGACUAUUUUUUCUACUCAACGCUGGUUGCUUGCCUUCAUUAGUGUUUAUGUUCACAGCAGCUUUUGUCAUUUCUCUAUGGUAACAACUUUUUCUCUGAGACAAGAUUCUAAGAGAUUCUCCUGGAAUCAACCGCAGACAGAGGAUUAAUCUGAAAAACUGCCCAGAAUGGCCACAGCCCGGGAACCUGAGGAACAAAAAGGACUUCUAAUGGUUAAGGCAGAAGACCAUUACUGCGGCCAGGACUCCGUCUCACGAAAGUACAGUCCUCACAGAAGGGAACUCUUCAGGCAGCACUUCAGGAAGCUCUGCUAUCAGGACGCACCUGGACCCCGUGAAGCUCUUACUCAGCUCAGGGAGCUUUGCCGCCAGUGGCUGAGGCCAGAAUACCACACCAAGGAGCAGAUUUUAGACCUGCUGGUGCUGGAACAGUUCCUGAGCAUCCUUCCUAGGGAACUGCAAGCAUGGGUGCAGGCGCACCAUCCAGAGACCGGAGAGGAGGCGGUGACUGUGCUGGAGGAUCUGGAGAGAGAGCUUGAUGAACCUCCAAAGCAGGACCCAGCCAAUUCAGAAAGACAGAUCAUACUUUUGGACAAGUUGGCCCCCUUGGGAAGGCCACAUGAGUCACUGACUGUCCAACUCCAUCCCAAGAAGACCCAGCAGGAGCAAGAAUCUGGGGAGCCCCAAAGGAAUGGUGAUAAAACCAGGACUAAGAAUGAAGAGUUGUCUCAAAAGGAAGAUAUGCCCAAAGACAUGGAAUUCCUUGGGAAGAUAAAUGACAGACUCAACAAAGACAUUUCUCAGUACCCUGAAUCUGAAGAUGCUACUGAAAGUGAAGGCAGAUUAGAGUGGCAACAGAGGGAAAGAAGACGCUAUAAAUGUGAUGACUGUGGGAAAAGUUUCAGUCAUAGCUCAGACCUUAGUAAACACAGGAGAACUCACACUGGAGAGAAGCCUUAUAAAUGUGAUGAAUGUGGAAAAGCCUUCAUUCAACGCUCACAUCUCAUUGGACAUCAUAGAGUACACACUGGAGUGAAACCCUAUAAAUGCAAAGAAUGUGGGAAAGAUUUUAGUGGGCGCACAGGUCUUAUUCAGCAUCAGAGAAUCCACACAGGUGAAAAACCCUAUGAAUGUGAUGAGUGUGGGAGGCCGUUCCGAGUAAGUUCAGCCCUAAUUAGACAUCAAAGAAUUCAUACAGCAAAUAAGCUCUACUAAUAUGGUGGAAGUAAGUUCUUUAGACUCUCAGGCCUAAUUAGUUAUCAAUUUACCUUAGAGACCUUAUGAGUAUCCUGAAUGUAGGCAAAGCUUCAGUCAUCAUUAAAAAUUUCUCUGGCACCAGAGAAUCUACCUGAAUAAAAUUUCCUUUUAUUUCUUUUUUUUUUUUUUUUAAAGAUUUUAUUUAUUUAUCCAUCUUCCCCCCAAAGCCCCAGUAGACAGCUGUAUGUCAUAGCUGCACAUCCCUCUAGUUGCUGUAUGUGGGACGCGGCCUCAGCAUGGCCGGAGAAGCGGUGCGUCUGUGCGCGCCCGGGAUCCGAACCGGGGCCGCCAGCAGCGGAGUGCGCGCACUUAACCAAGCCACGGGGCCAGCCCUCCUUUUAUUUCUAAAUUAGUUCAGUUUCUUGGGAAGAAUUAAUAGUUAUUUCAGAAAGCCUUGUCCAUUGAUAACACUGCUCACUUGCAGCCUAAGAUAACCAUGUGUCCUGGUUGAAAGACAAUAAAUUCUACCUCUCGGCUCUGGCUCCUUUUUACUUGACCAUUCAGUGUGUGACUUUAGGCAAGAUAUUCAGAUUUUUCUCUGCCUUCAUUUUCCCCUUCUGUAAAGUGCAGAUGAUAUAAUAGAGGCUCACCAGGUGUGUUGUGUUAAGUUAAAAUAGAUGAAAAUUAAGAGAUAAAAGUAUUUGUUUUCCAUCAUUACUGAUAAAAUGGCCUAAAUAUUUAUCUGUGUUUUAUCUUAAAGUAGGGGGUAUAUCAUUUUGUCGAAUUUUUUUGUUUGCCAAUGAUAAAAAAGAGGAAACCAUCAGAUAGCAGACUAAGGAAAACAUUAAAGUGGAAAGGAAAGCAGUAAGUGAUCAGUAGGAGCUGCUGGGAAGGGGGAUAAAAGAGUGUGUUAGGGAUUUGUAACUUUGGAUAAAUCACUUUUCUUCUGAGUCUCAGGUCAUUGUAAACUGAGGGAGAUGGGGAGUGGUUGGUCUAGAACUGCACUGUCAUUCAGUUCCUUAAUGACAUUAGCCAUGUUUCAGGUGCUCAGUAGCCACAGGUGGCUAGUAGCUACUGUAUUGGACAGCACAGAUAUAGACCGUUUUUAUCAUUGCAUUAAGUUCUAAAGGACAUUGCUAUCCAAAUUGAUCACUGAUAAGGUACCUUCCAGCUUUGAUACUGUGUGAUUCUGAGUUCAUGAAGAUAACAAAAGAGACACCUGAGGAGGCUGCAAUAGCAACAGGAGAUAAAAUACAAACACCCUAAAAGAAAACAAUUUCUUAAUAAUAAAUUUAUGGCACUUUUUCAGCCUUAAAAAAAGUGUAUUAUAAUUGGAGGAAUAUGAUUAUUAAGUAAACACAAUAACCUAAUAAUCUAAAUUGAAAGCUUAAAUUACUACCUUAUCUCUAUAAAAAGAGUGUAAUUACCUUUAUAAGGUAGCAUCCCCUGUCAGAUACCCUAUAGUAAUGAGAAACUGGGACUCUCAGGGCACCAAUACUUUAAGAUAGUGAACAAUCCAAUUUUUUUCCUUUUUGGCUUAGGAAUAUACUAGCAUUUCAUAAUUUGCAGCAGUUUUACAUCCCAUAGCAUUUCAUGUAUUUGCAACAGUUUUACAUCCCUAGUUUGAGAAUUUUAUAGCAUGACAGGAAUUGUGGCCAAAGGCCCAACACAUUCAAAUUUACACCACCAUAAAAUUGCCAUGAACCACUGGUUCUAGGAACAGCCAUCACCAAAAUGAUCAGGAAGUGAUCUAAUCUCUUAUUGAAGAAAUUAAUUACACAUCCUUACUUUUGCAUUGUGUUUGAGAGUAGGAAAACCAGCAGAAUCAUUUUUGUAUCUACUACUAUUGGAAGAUGAAUCUUAAAUCAUUUCUCAUAACACCAUAAAGAUAAACUGAACUUUGUCUUUUGAAAAUAAUGCUCUUUAAGAAAAAAGAUGUGUUUACUUUGAAUGUUUACAUCAACUGAUACAAGUUUUUAAAAUAGCAAGUUUCACACUUGUUUUUGUGGUUUAUAAUUAUCUGAACAAUAUUUCACAGCAUUUGAGAUAAAAGAUGUUUUAAUGGUCAUGAAGAGAAAAGUAACGUAUUAAAUCUUCAGUAUUAGAAACAUCAUUCUUUAAAAAAUAAAGCAAGGUGCUUAGUGAAUGA